AUGCCUGAGUGCUAUAUAACCAGCACCAAGAAGGGCAGGAGGAUCAGGGUGAGGUUCAGCUCAGCAGAGGCUGGGAUCCAUCACUUUGAUGACAGCGAAGGAACAAGGACUUGGGUCGAACUAGUGACAGAGAUGGCCAUGGCCCCAAGGGGAGCCUGCCUCAUGCUCCUGCUGCCCCUCAUCCUGCUGGCUGCCACCCUGGCCCAGCUCAGCGAAGGUGCCAGCUACCAGCAGUUUGUGAGACAACACGUUGACUACCCCAAGACCGGAGCUCCCAAUGACAGGAUCUACUGCAACCUCCUGAUGCAGCGACGGGGCCUGACCCGCCCCCGAUGCAAACCCACCAACACCUUCAUCCACGCCCCCACCGGCCAGCUCCGAAACAUCUGUGGCAGGGGAGGGAGACCCGUUAGAGGCAACCUUCGCGACAGCAACAGAUCAUUCAGAGUCACCACGUGCCGGGUGCUGCCUGGCUCCCGGCCAGGGCGUUGUAGAUACAGAGCUGCAACUAGAGUCACUAGAGUCCGCGUGGCCUGUGUCCGGCGGCUGCCCGUGCACUUGGAGCCAACAUAUCUGCCAUGA